CAGAUGGGUAGCGGAAACUAACUACCCGUCCCCGAUCCGCCCCGUUGCCAACCCUAACUUUGAGAUCGUUUAUUGAUUUUGUUUUUAUGAAAUAUAAGUCUAGCCUCUCGACUCUUAGAGGCUAUGGUUAUUAGUUAUUACUUUAGCGUCCUUGAAUUCGGGCAAUGAGAUAUAGUUGGGCCCAUAAAAUUGUUAGGCCCAAUGAUCUCAUAACCGGAUCCAUAAAUAAAGCCCAUGGUUAGCUGGAGCCUUGGAGGAAACGGAAGGGCCCAAAGAAGAGUGCAAGGUGACCUAUUUUUGGCUUGUAGGAUCCUAGAAUUCUCAAAUCUGCCUUUCUAAAACCUUAACAAGACGCCUCCGUUUCCUCUGCUCUUCCAGAACUUUCUUCUUCUUCUGGUUGGCAAUGGUGGUUCAGGACAAGAAGCGGCUGUCCACGGGCAGAGGCGAAGACGCCGGGAUCCUAGCCAGGGCGACGCGAACCUUGUCAGAGUCGCGGAUCUUGGGCGCGUCGAAAGAAUUGGCGGGAGAGGCGACCUACGUUGCGAAGAGACUGGCGAAGAGCACCGGGAAGGCGGCGUGGAUCGCCGGGACGACUUUUCUCAUCUUGGUAGUUCCGCUCAUCAUAGAGAUGGAUCGGGAAGCGCAGCUCAGCGAGUUCGAGGCGCAGCAAUCCCACCUCCUCGGAGCUCCGCCGACUACGAUGGCCUGAGUGUGAUUUCUCUUGCAUCUUUCCCCUCCUCUGACCCGCCUCAUACAAGCUUGUCUCUGCAAAAAAGGGAAGAAGGUAUUUGGGUUUUCGAUUUACGGAAUUGCAAGCUAGGGUUUUUUUCUCAUGGAUGUUCAUCCAGCUUUUCUUUCUUUUUCCAGUACUCUGGAGAUGGUUUUAGGGUUUAUUGUUGUUGCACUUUGUUUAAGUUCUCGAUUCCAAUUGGGUGUUGCCUACUGUUGCUGUGAUGGGGUUUACUCCUUUCCCAUUAGAUAAAAACGAAAAAAGAUGAAUGCUUGAUUUCUGUGAAUUGCCUUUAGCUGAAUUGCAUUUCCCCCUGGUUGGCUUCUUCCCAAAACUUGAUGAAUGCCUCCUCUUAGUGACCAUUUUAUGCCCCUGGGUUCUUCUGUAGAGGGUUCGUUUCCAUGAAGAAUUCUGAUCUUCCAAAACUACUUUUUUUUCAUUGUCAUUCUUUGCUCUCUUGGUUUUUUCUUCAGUUAGCUUCUGACCUACGCCUCUCCAGCACCUUGGAUCGGUUUUACUUGGGUGGCAAACUAGCUUUGAUCUCUACAUUCCGGCCGUCUACUGAUUAGGGUUCGAGCAUCUUUCUGCGGAUUAUGUGCUAAAACCCUAAGAGGUCUUUAGCUUUUAUACAGAGGUUGGAUGAUGCUAAGAUAUGGAAGAAACAGAAUUGUUUAGGAGAUGGCAUCGAGAACAAGAUCUUACUAGGAAGCAGUCAGUCUUGUCACUUGUGUACGAGAGUGUCAGAGGGAGUACCUUUUGUCAUCUUUAGCAAACAAACAUCACUUUAACUAAAAAAAUGAAAAACACUCAAUUUCCCACACUCUCGAAUUCAUCGUUGACAUUCUCGAGUCGUAAUCGUUGGGAAUACGUCCGAAUCAUGAGUAGUGACUCCGACGAGGUAAAAAUCCGAUUUUUUUUCAAAAAAAACCUGAAACCCCUAAACCGAAGCCAAUUUUCGGUUGUACCAUGGCUUAACCUAAGGCAAUUUUCGGUUGUACCAUGUCUUCGGUUGAGCCAUGGUGCAACCGAAGAUGAUUUUCGGUUGGUCCAUGGUACAACCGAAAAUUGCCUUAGGUUGAGCCAUGGUACAACCGAAAAUUGGCUUCGUUGAGGGGUUUCGGAAUUUUUCUGGAUUUGUUUGGUUUAUAUCAAUAAUUUUCUAUUCUCUUACUACGAUUUAUGGUUCGGUCCAUAAGAUAAUUUGUUGGAUUUUGGUUUAUAUUUUUUUAGAUUUAUGGAAGGGGAGGGGUUGUUUGUUUUGUGUUUGAUUUUGAAAUUCAAAAUGGGCAAUUCGGUAAAUUACAUAUUAAGUUAGGACGAUGGUUAGAAAUUUUUAGAACGACCUUUAACCAUUCAGAAUUUAUAUGGAGUUGUGUAAUUUGAUGUGGUUUUAAUUUAACUUUCCACAAUUUAUAUCCAAACCGGUUGACCCCGAAAAAAAGAACUGAUGAACAUAUGUUGCUGGUAAUUGAUCGAAAUUGUUAUUCAGGAUUGGAUCAAUUACAAGUUUUAACAUUGUAAUUUAAAGGUGGUCUAUUAUAAUAAAACAUUUAUUCCGUGUCUAUUGGAAUCGAUACAAAAUAAUUAUUUAAAAAAUCAUAUACACUAUACCUCUACUUAACUCCUAAACCUAUAUUUUAUCCAGAACAAACUAGGUAGAUUUCUUAUUUGGAAUCAUACGGAAUAAUUUACAUGCCUUUUUAUAACCAUUUUGAUGAAUUGGCUGUGUAUUUUUUGGGUGGGUUUCGAAACCCUAGAAACUAGUUUGGUCAAUAAAAAUUGGGAGGGAUGUUGCCUGUAGAGUGUAGAUUGUAGUUACGUUUUGAUCCACAAAAACUAGGCCCGAACAAAGUGUUGUAGAAGCCCAAUUCAUACACACGGUAAAGGCCCAGUUAUGUAGGGUUACUUAAUUGUAUGGAAAAUAAGAAGAAGAAACAAAAAAUGCGCAU